AUGACGGAAAUGGUCGGCAUUGCGCUAUACCUUCACGAUCGAUUUGCCAAGGGAACUACCUGGGAUAUCCACGUCCUCGCUCCAACCCAACAGGCUGCAUUUUACCGCUGGUUCAUUUUUAUCCCAGCUAACACGGUUGAAGGCUGGGUUAAAGCGGGCACAUCUACUAAGAGGGAGGAGCUAUGGAAAAUAAUGGAGCGAGAAAUGACCGAGGGCCUGAAAGAAGGCACAUUUGUGCUGGGUACACAACGUCCUACUCUUUUGGAUGUGCUAUUAGCCCUGGUAGCUCACUAUACUCCACAUCCAAGGUACUCCUGGUUCGAGGAACAUUGCCCUAAAUUGCAUAAAAACGUGAAAGAAACACUGAAAACGAGUGUUAUCAAAGAUGUUUUUCGUGAAAACGAACUCGACGAUUUUCUGCAGUAG